AUGGCCACGGACAGCAACGGACAGGCCAUCAAGCCUAGUCAAAAGGGGAUGAACGGGCAUGCAAAAACCCCAAGAUCAAAGGCAGCCCCAACGAAGAAGAGCUUCAGCCUAAUCAGCAUAAUCUCCAGGAUUCUUACCUGGUACUCCAUCAUCACCAUCUUUUUUCGAUGCCCUUCGACCGUCGACCUCCUCACAGACUCCUCCCCCAAGAUCUGCAAACCAUACUUCCAGUUGCGCUCUGUGGUUGCGCCUCAUGUCGAGCCCUACUACAAUAAUUAUGCCGCUCACUAUGUUGAUGCUGCCCGGCCAUACUACGACUCGUUCGAUAAGAAAUUCAUUUCUCCUGCGAAGGCUCUGAGCCAGAAAUACGGCGCCCCCCGUGUGGCACAAGCACAAGCCUUCGGUCAAGCUCAAUGGGAGAAGAACCUACAACCGGAAGUUCAGAAGUAUCAAGCUAUCCUGAAGGAAAAGUACGAGCAGAACUUAAGUCAGCACGUCAAUACCGCUAUUACAGUCACGAGCCCGUACUACGAGAUCGCGAAGACCAGUGCGCUACAGACCUACUACGAGCUCAUCCUCCCAACCUACACUGCUGUACAGCCAUAUGCUAUUCAGGGCUACGGUUUGGCCAACAAUUUCGCUCUUAACACCGCCUUGCCAUACUCGAAAUUGGCAUGGACAACUGGUGUACUCUUUCUGGACCGCACCGUCUGGCCGCAAAUCCGGAUCCUGUACGGAGAGAAUGUUGAGCCCCAAUUGGUCAGGAUUCGUGAGCGCUUGGGUAGAUAUCGCGAUGGCAAGAAGUUGAAGGCAGUUGUUGAAGACCUUGAUAGCUCUACUUCCGCCUCUGCUGCCUCCGCGACAUUAUCAUCCAUCUCCUCCUCACUCUCCUCGGUGCACGUAUCCCCUACUACCGAGACUAGUUCGACCGAGACCACUGCCUCGUCAUCCGAAGCCCCUGUUGCCACUCCGCCAUCAGAGAAGGACGUUCGCGAGAAGGCCCAGGAAAUUGUGGCUCACGAUCUCAAGGAAUGGCAAGGAAAGUUCGCCAAGGCCGCUGAUGAGGGAUCGGAAGACCUCGAGGAGAGAAUCACCGAACUCAGCAACCGAAUGAUCGAGAGCCAGGUGGAAGGCGUGGGUGCCGCAUUGAUCGUUCAAUUGGAAGAGACGAUUGGCGCCAGCCUCAAAACCUUAAAGAGUCGUAUCGUCUCCAUUGUUAGCAGCUCCAAGAAUGCCGAGGAGUCUGAAGAUGAGCUCAACACUGCCGUGCGCAAAGCUGGUCUUGCUAUCAAAGAAAAGGCACAGGCUGUGAGAACCUGGAAACAGAACUACGACCGAGAGGUCAACGAGCUCGUGAGUUUAGCGGCACACGAUACAUUUGAGAUUCUCGACCACAUUAGGGAUCUGGGAUUACAGGAGAUAGGUAUGCGAUGGGCCUGGACCGAUGGAAUCACCCACAAGGACUGGAGCAAGUACCAUACGCUGAAAACAAAGUUUGAUGAGUGGCGACACGACGUCGAGAAAGUUGCUACUGGUCACCCAGGCCCUGCAAAGGCUCACGCUGCAGCAGCAGAUGUUGCAGAUAAGGCCAUGGAAAUCGCUGGAUAUGCUGCCACAGAAUUGGCCCGCCUCAAGGAGAGUGGCCGCUGGAAGAUUUCGGCCUCUGAUUCGAGUGACGACUUCAGCACAAAGUACAUGCCGGCUCCAGUUCAAGUAGUGAUCCAGAAAGUCGCUGAGAAGGCCAGUGAUAUCAAGGAGGCCGUGUCUCCGUCCUCCCAAGGUACCAUCGAAUCAGUGGCCUCUGUUGCCAGUUCUUCGGUCGCCGAAGCUAUGGCAUCUGCUCAAAGUGCAGUUUCUUCCAUCUCAGCCAGUGUCGUAGGAACUCCUCACGGAAGCGUCGAAAGCGUAAUCUCUGUUGGAAGUGCGAGCGUCAGCAGUCUUGCCGAUAAAGCAUCGAGUUCCAUCAUUGGCACCAAGCAAGCUACUGCUGAGAGUUUUGCAUCUGUCGCACAGGCUUCGGCUAGUAGUUUCAUUGAUCAGGCAUCAAGCUCCAUCAUUGGAACACCACAGGGAAGUGUUGAGAGCAUUGUCGCGGCUGCUGGUGAGAGUGCAAGCAGUCUAUCGGCCAAGGCUUCCUCGUCUAUCGUUGGUAAGGAGCCAGGCAUUAUGGAGGAAGCCUCCGAGAGCGUCAAGCUCGCUGCUUCUAUCGCUUCGGAAUCUGCUUCGAGUCUCUCGGUUAUUGCAAGCUCGUCGGUUUCAUCAGUCAUUAGCAAGGCAUCCAAGAUAGCAGCCCAGGCUUCUAGCUCUCUUAGCUCCGUGACUUCGUCGGUUGCAAGCUCAUUGUCCAGAAGCUCUUCGGAGACUCCCAGCUUCCUUAGCUCGGCUGUCUCAUCCGCAUCCAGUGCCGACUCGAAAAAGGUUUGGGGAGGAGCUAUGGCAGCAAAUGUGGUAGCCCAACAAAUCAUUUUCGAUGACUUUGUUGACUCGGAUGACGCUACUUUUAACGAGAAGAUCCAAAGUAUUGCUAGUCAAGCCGGCGACAGAUAUGACGAAAUUACGAAGGCUGUAAGCAAGGCGUUUAUGCCUACGAGCACGAACAACCCGGUCACCAAGAUGGCUGCAGAUAAGUACGCCAGUGCUCUUUCGGCAGCUAGUGUUGCGCUUUAUGGCACAGAACAAGGCACGGGGGAGAGUAUCUCCAGUGUUGUUGCCAGUCGUUACGACGAUGCCGUUGCUGCAGCAAGUGCAGUCAUAUAUGGAACCCCGAUGCCGAUCACGGACUCGAUCGCUGCCCAGGCUACAAGUGCAUACAACGCUGCGGUUUCUGGAGCCAAUGAGAAAUACAGUGCUGCUCAGAGUCUCGUUUCCGCACAGAUAGCUGGGGAGCCUAAGCCUGCCCACGAAACUAUACUGAGCUCCAUAAAGUCCGCAUAUUCGGACAACUUGGAAGCACUUGGCUCUCGCUUGCAAGCCUCUAUAUCAGCCGGCUCUACAGCUGUGUAUGGCACAUCCACGCCCGCGUAUCAGUCAAUCCUGUCAUCAAUCUCGUCAGUAGCCCAGGCGAAGUUGUCGGAAGGUGUAAAUGCCGCUUCGGCUAGGUAUGCGGAUGGAAAGGCCUAUGUCGCUGCUAUUCCGACUCCUGCGCCAGCUAAGCAAAAGCUCCUCGGGCAGAUGCAGGAUCAAUACUAUGCUGGUAUAGGUAUGGCCUAUGCCCGAUACUCCGAGUUCAUGGACUCGGCUUCCUCGGCUAUUAUGCCUACACAGACCCCGGUAUACGAAAGCCUUUACUCUGGCGCUAGUGAGAAAAUCAUGGGCACUUCUACUCACCAAUUCCAAGCCACCUUAAAUACUGCCUUGGGGCAUUAUCACGCAGCUACUGAAGCCGCUUCUUCAAAAUUUGGGGACCUUCUCGCAUCAAUCUCCAGCAUUGGGAGGGACGCAAAAGUUGCGGUCCCUACGGUCGACCUCCUCUCCGCAGCAUCGGCGCAGUACUCAUCGGCUGUCAGUGAAGCUGCAAAGUCCUUUGCAUCGAUCAACUCGGUAAUAUCGGAGAAGCUAGAACUUGGUUCUGCUGCCGCAUCAGCCGCCGUCUAUGGUAGUGAGACCCCCUGGACUGAGUCUGUUGCAUCAGCUGCAAGCGAGAACUGGGAGGCCCUCAUCACUAAAGCGAGCACUCAAAUAUAUGGUGCUCCGACGCCGUAUUUCAUUUCUAGAAGACUUCUUUCUGAGGUUAAGGAAUACGCUGCCCAGGCCACAGAUGGAGCCAUGUCUCAGUAUUCUGCCGUGCAAUCGCUUAUCGGAGAGCUCGUCGCUGGCAAGGAGCCGGACUUCACUGAGAGUGUUUACAAUCGCUUGAGCUCUGCCUACUAUACAGAUGCUGCUCAAGUAGUCUCGUCCGCGUCUUCAUUCGCCAGCGACGCCUACGCAUCUGCCAGCUCCGUCGUAAGCUCCGUCUUCAUACCGCCUCCAGCGCUCGAGGCCGUUCUGGACUCUGCUGCCCUUCGCGUCAACGAGGCUGUCGAAGCCGCUAGCGCGCAAAUGUACGGAACCAAGAGAGGCAAGUACGAAGAAGCCACCUCGAGCGCUGCGUCUGCCUACAGCUCAGCUCAAAUUGUAGCCUCCGAGAAAAUCUACGGCACCAGUACCGGCUAUGUCGAAGCAGCCCAAUCCUCCAUAUCCGACGCCGCGGCCUCUGCUCAACAAGCCAUCCUUGACGCCAUCUACGGCACUCAAACAGGCUCCUACGAACAAGCUACCAACGCCGCAGCCGAGGCUUACGCUUCUGCCACCUUAAAGGCCUCCGAGGCCAUUUACGGCACUCAAACCGGCGCCUACGAAAGCAUGUCCAGCGCAGCCGCUUCGGCCUACGCUUCCGCCACGGCCGCAGCCAGCGAAGCCAUUUACGGGCCUGAGAAAGGCGCAAUUGAGAGUGCUCAAAGUCGUUUGGCAUCUGCGGUUGAGUCUGCGCGCGUCAAGCUGGCCGAGUUUGCGAGCUCGGCCGGGGAUGGUGCGGCGGAGGCAGUGAAGCAGGCGAGUGAGGGGGUAGAGGAUUUUGCGAGCAGCGUUAGUAGCGUGAUCAGCAGCGCUACUUCGCAUGAUGAACUGUGA